AUGCCUGUCGAGAUCCACAACCUGCAGCUUCUGGAUCUCAAGCCGGUACAACACCAAGUCCACGAAUCUAUGGCACUAGAUCCUUUCGCCUUAAAUGGCCACCAUGACGAUGACAACAUCCAUAUUCUCCUAUGCGCAUCAGGCUCCGUCGCUACAAUCAAGAUCCCUAAUAUCAUAAACGCACUCGCAAAGCACAAGAACGUGAGAAUCCGCCUCAUUUUUACCACAGCGGCGCGCAGCUUCCUUCAAGGCCAGAGCGAGGAGCAACCCUCCAUAGAAGAUAUCGAAGCAUACCCAAAUGUAGAUGCAGUAUACUUUGACGAGGACGAGUGGCGCGAGCCGUGGAAGCGGGGCAACAAGAUUUUACACAUUGAGCUGCGGCGCUGGGCAGAUAUCAUGGUCAUCGCACCACUCAGUGCAAAUGAGCUUGCGAAAAUUACCCAAGGUUGGUCUGACAAUUUGCUCCUCUCUGUUGUGCGUGCAUGGGACACCACUGGUUUGAUCGAUCCAGUGAGAGAUAUACCAGGCGUGCAAUGGCCACAGCAGGAGGGCGUACCAAAGAAGAGGAUACUCGUUGCGCCGAGCAUGAACACGGCAAUGUGGUUCCAGCCUAUUACGCAAAAGCAGGUGCAGGUAUUGAAUGAAGAAUGGGGACUCAAGAAUGGAGGCUGGUUUGAGGUGUUGCAGCCCAUGGAGAAAGAGUUGGCAUGUGGCGAUGUCGGUGGCGGUGCGAUGAAGGAUUGGAGAGAAAUUGUUGGUGCGCUGGAGGAGAGACUGGGUCUAAGCAGUGGUACUGAGGACACGCCCCGUCUUUGGAUCCUCUGUGUAUACAUGGUCAAUAUUUGUACGCAAGUGGAGCGAUUUUCGCGCUUGAUGCGUUAA